UGCUGGAAAAACACACUAGGGUCUGUGCGGUCUUGGAUUGCAACAGCGCUUAUCCUGUUGACCUAUAACAGUCUGAGAGUUUAACUUUCUUUAUUCUGACCAGGAUCAUCAUCACACAGGAUACUUGCAUAACUCAUCUGUUUGCUCUUCCUCACCAACUGAAUGAUUUUUCCACUGCAUUCCAUUUCACAAGAUUAAAGCAUGAAGAAGCUGAUAUCUGUAGGCCAAAGACUCUUUUCUGGGUCUCAAGGAGACUCAGACCUGGAACUUAAGAAACCCAAUGUGCCCUGCAAUGGUGCCCCACUAGAUGCAGAUGCACAUGGCGAGAAGAUGAUCAUGAGGAGAGAGAUUUCUCUAGGCAAUGGUAUCUGCUUAAUCGUGGGCAACAUGAUUGGCUCAGGCAUUUUUGUGUCGCCCAAAGGCGUGUUGAUGUACAGCGCCUCCUACGGCCUCGCUUUGGUCAUCUGGGCUCUCGGUGGCAUAUUUUCAGUUUUUGGCGCUCUGUGUUACGCAGAACUUGGAACCACCAUUACGAAGUCUGGCGCUAGUUAUGCAUACAUCCUGGAAGCCUUUGGUGGUUUCCUUGCGUUCAUUCGUCUGUGGACGUCCAUCCUACUGAUCGAGCCAGCCAGCCAGGCUGUCAUCUCUCUGACGUUUGCCAACUACCUUGUGGAAGCGCUCUACCCCACCUGCCACCCUCCAUAUGAUGCUGUGAGACUGAUAGCUGCGGCUUGUCUCUGUAUCUUGAUCUUCAUAAACUGUGCUUAUGUUAAGUGGGGCACUUUGGUUCAAGAUGUAUUCACAUACAUCAAGAUCAUGUCUUUAUUUCUCGUCAUCACAGUGGGGAUCAUAAAGAUUAUUAACGGAGAAACAAAGAACUUCAAUAGUCCAUUUAAGGGUUCGUCCAUGGACGCGGGCAACAUUGCUCUGGCUCUUUACUCCGCUCUGUUCUCCUACUCUGGCUGGGACACACUCAACUUUGUUACAGAGGAGAUCCAGAACCCUGAGAGGAAUCUACCCAUCGCUAUAGCCAUCUCCAUGCCACUAGUGACAAUCAUCUACCUACUGACCAAUGUGGCAUACUAUGUGGUUCUGGACUGGCCUUCUUUUAUGGGUAGUGAUGCAGUGGCUGUAACCUUUGGGAAUCAGGUGCUUGGCCCCAUUAGCUGGAUCGUUCCCAUCGCCGUGGCCAUGUCUUGCUAUGGAGGACUCAAUGCCUCUGUCAUAGCCGCCUCCAGGUUGUUUUUUGUGGGGGCAAGAGAGGGCCACCUCCCCAACAGUUUAAGUCUGAUCCACGCUGAACGCUACACUCCUGUACCUGCUCUCCUGUUCAAUGGUGUGAUGGGACUGAUCUUCUUAUGUGUGGAGGAUGUGUUCCAACUCAUCAACUACUUUAGCUUCAGUUACUGGCUAUAUGUGGGUCUGUCUGUGGCAGGACUAAUUUACCUGCGCAUAACUCAGCCUGACAGACACAGACCGGUGAAGCUCACUUUGUUCUUCCCCAUUAUCUACUGCAUAUGCAGUCUGUUCCUUGUGAUUGUUCCUCUGUACAGCGACACUAUUAACUCCCUCAUAGGAAUAGCCAUCGCACUGUCUGGAGUGCCCGUCUAUUUUCUGUGUAUUUACUUACCCACAGAAAAAAGACCCAAAUGGAUCGGUAAAGUAAAUGCUGCAGUCACCAAAUGCACUCAGAUCGUGUGCUACUGCUGUCUAACUGAUCUGGAUGUAGACCCAGUGAUUUUGGCAAGCACCAAGACUCAAUAAUAUUUCCAAGAGGACCAUGGAUUUCAUCUCAUAAAAAAAAAAUAGAUUUGUCAAAAGCAAAUAUCACUGAUUUAUAAACUUUCAGUUCAUAUCUCAUAGAGAUAUAAUUCUUCUGAUAUCUCAGAGAUAUCUCUCUUGCUCAGUUUAACUGAAAAACUAAAAAUUGUGUGUGAAUGUUUCGAUAUAAAGUGGUUAAUUCUUGUUUUAAUUGUUUUUACAUGAAGCCUUAUCUUUAGCAAUAGUUAAAUCAAUAAUUAAAAUAGGAUUUAGAAUGAAGAUGGGUAAAAAUAUAGACAGAAUUUUCAUUUGAGGGUGAACUAUAUAUUUAAGGAUCACUAAAUUUGACAUCUUUAUAUGACUUGCUGCUAAUCAAAAUGAAUCAUAAUGUCCACAACAUGGCUUGUUUUAUUCUUUUAAGGCCUCAGUGAAGCUCCUUGUAUGCCCUUGAAAGAAGAGGAUUUUACUUAAAGAUACAAUGAGACAUUGUAACUGCUUUUAGUAUGAGUCUUAAAAAUAAAACAGAGCCAAGACGCUGGAAUAUACAGGCAAAUGGACAAGUGGAUAAUUAUAUAAUCUAUUUUGGGACUGUAUACAGACUCUUUCAGUCAAUAUAUACAUUUCUACAGUCAGAUUAAAGAAAUCUGAAAAAAGCUUGAUUUUUGGGUUGAGAAAUCCGAACAUGUCAUUUUGAUAUUGGUGCACUUUUUUCUGUAUGACCACUACACUGAGUGCUUCAGUUUCUCUAUUGUCUUUUGUACAUGUGGAAAUGAAAACAGGAACGAUGACUUAAAUAUGACUUAUACCAUGCCCUGAGUAUUUGCAAAACCUUUGUUCUUGUUCAUGAGUUCAUAGACAGUGGGCCGCUUUGAUUUGCUGUCCUGCCUUAGAGAUGUACAAUUAACUUAAGUUGUGAUGGAGAAUGCUGGGAUGGUUUUGAAAGCAUAAUGCUUGACAAGCCAUGGCUUGUUGACUUUUCCAGCCACCCAAAGCUAAAAAUAGAGAAUCUAUGGCACUCUGAAGCUCCAGUGUCAGAUGUCUGGGUUAUGAUUAUGAGAUACACGUUUAGCCUUUGACAUGGUACAUAACAACAUGUGCUAUUAAGACAAUCUUUUUUAAAUGUCUCAUUUCCUUUUUUCUCAGUAUAUGUCAGGUAUUGAGCUCAUAUGUGCCUUUUAGAGAUGCAUUCAGUUGAAUUAGAGCUUAGAGCUUUGGUAGGAAAGAUAUUGCUUUGGAAAUAUUUGACAUCAUAAUCUACCCUUUGCACAAUGCUCUGACACACUAUGAAGCUUGUGAUAGCAUAAAACAAGCCCACUGUAGUUUUUGGAAUAGAAGUGGCAGCAAUCAGUAUGACAAAUCUGCUGAAAACAUUAAUGGUUGUCUCCUAAUAGUGAAUAGAGUAGUUCAGCACAUAUUUUGCUUUAAAAUCUUUUUCUAAUUAAAAAAAAUGUGUAUCUGUUCUAAAGCACAAUAAAGUAAUAUGUGAUGUUUAUUUACUGGUAUUAAAUUGAAUUUUUAUAUCAUUGAAACCAAUUAUUCAUGAAGUAUCUUUUGUGGUUUUCAGUUG